GCGAGAAGCAGCAAGUCCCGCGCUUGCGCAGUGCGGCAGUGGCCUGUGGCGCGGUCGGCGAGUGAAGGGGUUUAGGUGGUGUGAAGGCUAGCGCCGCCUCGACCUGUGGUCACCAUGAGCGGGACCUUAGCGAAGAUCGCGGAGAUCGAAGCCGAGAUGGCUCGGACUCAAAAGAACAAGGCUACAGCGCAUCACCUUGGGCUGCUUAAGGCUCGCCUUGCCAAGCUUCGAAGAGAGCUCAUCACUCCGAAAGGUGGCGGUGGUGGUGGGCCAGGAGAAGGUUUUGACGUGGCUAAGACAGGUGAUGCUCGAAUUGGGUUUGUGGGUUUCCCAUCUGUGGGGAAGUCAACUCUGCUAAGCAAUCUAGCAGGAGUGUAUUCUGAAGUGGCAGCGUAUGAAUUCACUACUUUGACCACUGUGCCUGGUGUCAUCAGAUAUAAAGGUGCCAAGAUCCAGCUAUUGGAUCUCCCAGGUAUUAUUGAAGGUGCCAAGGAUGGGAAAGGCAGAGGUCGUCAAGUCAUUGCAGUGGCCCGAACAUGUAAUUUGAUCUUGAUUGUUCUGGAUGUCCUAAAACCCUUGGGACAUAAGAAGAUAAUUGAAAAUGAGUUGGAAGGCUUUGGGAUUCGCUUGAACAGCAAGCCCCCCAACAUUGGCUUUAAGAAGAAAGACAAGGGAGGCAUUAAUCUCACAGCCACUUGCCCUCAGAGUGAACUAGAUGCUGAAACAGUGAAGAGCAUUCUGGCUGAAUACAAAAUUCACAAUGCUGAUGUGACGUUGCGGAGUGAUGCCACAGCGGAUGACCUCAUUGAUGUGGUAGAAGGAAACAGAGUUUAUAUCCCCUGUAUCUAUGUAUUGAAUAAGAUUGAUCAGAUCUCCAUUGAGGAAUUGGAUAUUAUCUAUAAGGUUCCUCACUGUGUGCCCAUUUCUGCCCAUCACCGCUGGAAUUUUGAUGACCUGUUGGAGAAGAUCUGGGACUAUCUGAAACUAGUGAGAAUUUAUACCAAGCCCAAAGGCCAGCUACCAGAUUACACCUCCCCGGUGGUGCUGCCAUACUCCAGGACCACGGUGGAAGAUUUCUGCAUGAAGAUUCAUAAAAAUCUUAUCAAAGAAUUUAAAUAUGCUUUGGUCUGGGGUCUCUCUGUGAAGCAUAAUCCUCAGAAAGUGGGUAAAGACCAUACAUUGGAAGAUGAGGACGUCAUUCAGAUUGUGAAGAAGUGAACCUGCCUUCCCCUUCUGCUGGCCAGCCACAGCAAUGUUCCUUAGCACCAAGUACCCUUCUCAACCUUCUGUAUUUAGCAGCCAUUGGAUUGGGGUACAGGAAUGGAGAUGAAGACUCCAAAGUAGAACAUCAUUUGUCUUUGUUGGGGGCGGGGGUAGGGUCCCAUUUAUUUCAGGCUGUCCUUGAACUCUGUAACUGAGGCUCACCUAGAAUUCUUUAUCCAUCGUUUCCAUCUCCUAAGUGCUGGGCUUGCCAGUGUGUACCAGCAUCUCAGCAACAUUGCCUUUCUUACCUUGGUGUCACAUGUCUUGAACUGUAUAAAAACUCUGGUGGGCCCAUUGGCUGUGUGUCAUUGUCAGAUUUGCUGUGGGUCCAGCUGAAUGAGGAAACAGCUGUAUGUACAGGCAGGCGGCUGCAGAGCGGGAACCAGAUAACGUGCUGUCCUGUGUGAUGGACAGUAAUGAGAGGCUCUUUCACCUGGUGUGGCCUCUGCCUUCAGGUGAUCUUAGGACAUUGGUGAGGGGAAGGAUAUCCUGAAGUUAUCUGCUUAUUUCCUCCAGUGCUGAUCUGUUACGGAAGAUAGCAGUUGAGUGGUCUGGGAGCAGAGUGGGGUUUGAGUUGUAUAGGAACCUAAAGAGAUUACUCAGCCUUUGUAAGCCUCCAUUUCAUCAUGUAAUACAGGGAUAAUGGCAUUAACUCUUAAGGUUGUGGUGCUGGUAUUAGGGGUGGGUUUUGGAAGUUGCUUAGCACAGUGUCAAUCUUAUAAAAAUACUCAGUAUAUUUUGGUU